GCGCGAUUUUGUACGCGUUCCAAAAUGGAACGGAGGCGGUUCGUUCUUUACGUCACGAAAUAGGCGGUCCGCCAUGUUCGCGAGGACGAGAGGAAGCAAAGAGCCAAUGAGCGAAGUGGACGCCUGCGUCACGCUUUUGACGUCUGCUUGGGGACCGUAUAACAUACUUAGAAGCGUUUCUAACAUGUUGAGAAAUAUCUGGCUAUUAUGAAUGAGUAGCAAAAUGUGUUGGUGUUGCUUUUCAAAGAUUCAGUUUGGAAUGCGGAACGAGUUAAACAAAUUAUUGCGGUUAAUGUCUUGAAAUGGCGCUAGGUGGUGUCGCAAUUUUGCGAAACGUUUAGUGGUGGCGCUAUCCACUACCCCGUUUCAAGCAAUGCUUGUAUGCAUGUCUCCACCACUAUUAAAAUUCAAACGGCGCGAGUUUUGAAGCGGUUGGUUCGGUCGAGCCGUUACGUGCGGAGAGCCAUGUAGGAAAACGUGCCGGCUUCUGCACCCGUUAUGGGACCGCGCGUUUCCGAGGGCCAGCGGGAGACGGUGCUCGCUUUUAUGGAGCCGCAUCUCCAGCUGGCUUUAAGAUCCAGCGAGCUGGGGCCGGGCUUCAGCCUUGUCGACCGACGACGGCUGUGGCAGCAGCUGGCCGACGUGCUGAACGCGGAAGGGCCCGUUGUGAAAACGGUCGACCAGUGGAGGAAGCAGCAGGUCUACGAGGCCCGCCGCGAUGCUACCGCUAUAGCCCAAGAGCAAAUAAGCACUGGAGGGGGUCGCGCACCCGGCUUCCGGGGCCGAGUGCUCCAGCUGACGGGCGCGGUCCGCUUCCGUGGCGUCACCGACCUACCCUACCAAGAGGUGCUGCGAAGGAUCGAACAAUCCAUCACCCGGCUCGCCAUCGCGGCAGAGAGGACGGCAGCGGCUCAGGAGGGCAUACUGGAGAAGGUGCGCUCCCUGGCACUAGUCGUAGCUGGCCACCUGCAACAAGAAAGGAGGAAUUAAUUUAUUGUUUAUUUUCACCUAUUCAAUUUCAUUUUAGUCAUUUAUUGUUUUAUGAGUUCAAUUUAUCUUGUUUAUUUAUUGUUCUUUGAGUUUUAUAUCUUCACUUUCAUUUUAUGCACUUAUUGUUGCUUCAUUUUGAGUUUUACUGUUUAAGUUUCAUUGUUGCCUUGUAUGAGUAAUGCAGGAGGAUUUUUUGGACGAAAGGUGUAAUGCGUGCACCCAUUUUUGUAUCGUAGUAUUUUCCUC